AGAGGAAGGCAACACCUGAUACAAGUCGCUGGGACUCAAGUUAAAAGCCCAGAUCAGUGCUAAACCACUGGACACUUCGCAAUCAAAAUAACUCAGGCACCAAAACAUCACCAAGAUAUUAACGACUAUCAGCAUUAUGGAUAGUCUUCUGGAUCGACAAGAACCUGACUUCAUUUUGCUAUCACGAUACACCACCGAGUCUUCCCAGACAUGCCCGAGAACGUCUAGAGACACGCCAACCAAGCAGACCUCGCUACCGCCAUCACCAGCGUCCGAAAAUCUGUCAAAGCAAGCUUCGCGAUGUGCUCUUGGCCGAGAAGAUACUACGGCGGAAUCUCGAGUGCUCGUCCCUCGACGCGGCACAUCAAACAUCCCCGCAAAAAUUCCACGAGCGGUGGACACCAAGCCACAGAAAACCGUCACCGUAACCCUGUACGCAGCAAACCACAGGCCAUACGAAGUCCCCAUCAAAUUCUACCAUCAACAAACCACCAAGCGGUCUCGUCACGAACAGAUCUUCACCGGCCAAAUGCAAGGAGGACCCGAACUCCUCUCGUGGCUUGACGUCGUUCGCCCCAAGCUCUUCACCCAAAUCCCCAGCUUCGUUUUCCCACCGGGGGAUUCCUUUCUCACCCCGAAAGAAACAGUCAACCUCAUCGGCGGCCUCACCGAUCAACGCGAUGCCGAUACACACAGACUCUCACAGCUGACAGCCAAGUUCCUCCGCGAGUACUUUGCCAACAUGAGCAUGGAGAAUCGCCCGCUGUUGUACGGCCAAGCUCAAACAGACGACCAACAAUUGGCCUUUCACAAAGGCCUCCAUGACAUCUUCUUCUCUAUCCAAGUCCACCGGAGAAAGCAGAACAAGAACAUCGUUGGCGACCCACUGAAGGGACCACACCCGCUAGUGGCUAGAGCGGCGAAGGAGAAGUAUAUCCAGGGAGCGUGUUUUUACAUUCAUCCAUGUGUGAUGAAGAAGGUUGUUCAACAUGUUGUUGAGGCGCGCAGGGCCUUUCUUCUCAAGAAGCAGGGUCAGGGUCAGUGUCAGGCUCAACCACACGUCCAACCUCAAACGAACCGGUUUGGUUCAAUUCGCAUGAUGAAAAGCUGCGCCUCAUUGAAAGCAAACAAGAUGAACAACAACAACAGCAGCAUUCGCAGAAUGAAAAGUCACGCCUCCCUCAAAGGCACCGAGCUCACCAACAUGAGCAGCAACAAUAUCAUCAUUCCUAUGGUUCCAAUCCCAACAGAAGACUGGGGCCGCCGUGAUCCCCAGGCCUGGCUAGUCGGAUGGGACUUGGAGAUGGAGAGCUUGGCUUACAUGCAUCGGAGCAGCGAUUUUCCUCGCCUGGGAAAGAUGCACGAACGCCAGCUUGUUUAUUACCAGUUUGCCAGGAGUGUUGAUGAGUGGAUGUGGCGGUUGGAGCAGGCUGAGAAGAACGUCAACUAUAAACAGCCUGAGAAGAACGCCGACUGUGGACAGCUUAAGCCAAAGAGUCCUUGUGAGGAUACGGAGGAGUUGUUGAUUGAGCUUUGAUCAGGCUCGCGUCGGUGAUUUGUUUGUUGGGAUUGAGUGAUGGCUGCUGGGUAAUAAGUUAUGGAAUAAGC